GCAUUACAAUAGUAAACUACAAACUAUUAAAGGGAGAAGAUAUAAUUUCUACUUUACUACCCUUUCACAUCAGUGCUUUCCUUUUAUUGAUUUUUCUUUUUUUCCGGGAAAAAUGGGUCAUUCCCCAGAUUCGGAAUUACCCCCUCCUUCAUAUGAAGAGGCUAUCAAUCCACCACCUCCAUCUUCUUCUUCUUCUACUUUUGGAAGACCAUCUGUACCCCCACCACAGCCUCAGAGACCCAAUUCGGGUCCAUCUCAAAGACCGUUCUCAAAUGCCGGAUCUCCUGGUAUAGGAUCAGGCUCCGGCUCAGGCUCCAACUCCAACUCCAACUCCAACUCCAACCCCAACCCAAACCUAUACGGGAACGCUGAACUCCCAUUCCAAUACCCCAAGGGAUUCCUCUGUUCCAAAUGUAAGAACUCAGGCUACAAGGUGAAAAAGGGAGGCAUGUGUACAAACUGUUGGAUGAAGUUUUACAUCUCCCUGAACGCAUACAAUCCCAACCCUCGGUUACCCUUCAAAUACCCCAAACGGUAUCUCUGUGAGAAGUGUGAGAACACGGGACACAAGAAGAAGAAUGGGAAGACAUGCACGACAUGCUGGGAGCGAUAUGCCCCACGUAACAACCCUCAGAUGUCCUCUAUGGGAUCAUUCAACCCCUUCUUGGGUGGAGGUGUGACCACCGCCAUUGUAGGUGGAAAUGGUGGCCCUGGAGGUGGUCCUGCCAUGAGAGUACCGCCGGGAGAUCCUCGGCUAGGGGGGCAACUAUGUGGAGGAUGCCGAGGCUCGGGGUUGAUCCGAUUCUUAUUGGACGAAGAGUUGUGUCCAGUCUGUUCUGGUUUAGGCAGAGUCUUGAAUGUCCCUGCACCAAUGCAACAAUUCCAACAAUUCACCGGCUUUCCACCGCCACAACCACAGUUCCAACCAUAUCCUUCGUCACCAUUUCCUCCACCCCCCAAUGGGAAAUUCUACUAAACCUAAAACAUGUCCUCCCAGGACCACGAGUGGCUUACGGGCCCCGCAGGGAGGGCAGUAGUACCACCCUACGGGGUUGGUGAGACGCUCCGCUGGCCCCUACUCGGGGAGAGCCACUGGCGUGGUGCCUAGCUCCUCUACGAGGAGAUCCCCACUAGUAGUCACCCCUUCCUCGAUAGAGGAACAAGGCCACCACGGCUAGUGGCCCACGGAGUGCCAGCGGAGCGGCUUACUGGCCCCGCAGGGAAGUCAGUCAGUCACUACUCUACGGAGUUUGUAACCCCCCCUGGUCCCAGCUCGAGAGAGCCCACCCUAAUUAUAUGCCUAUAUAC